CAUUUUCUCUUCUCUCUCCUCUCCUUCCCUCUCUUCUUUUUCUUUCUUUUGUCGGUGACCAGCCAGCGACCUCCCGAGCAGCUCCCCACCCGGCCGGCGAACCUCCGGCGAUGUAUAGACACCAGAAACGGCGGCAAGAGAGGGAGAGGAGAGUGAAAACGCGCGCACAGUGGGCAGCGGCUUUCCAGGGCGAUUCCGGCUUCAUCCGACGUCCGAUCGAAGCGAUUCAGGUGGUGUUGGAAAGUUUGUUCCGAGAACUUUCUUUUGAUACCAAUUUUGCAGCAAAUGGAGGUCGGAUGAGUGAGAUAUGGAGGAGAGAAGUUUCGGAUUUUUCAAGCUUUUUCGUCAGAUCUACGACGAUCCGACCGUUGGAUCGACGAUCCGAGACCACCUAUGGACUGAGGAAGAGGAGAGGAACAUGGUGGUAUGAUCAGAUCCGGCAAAUGUCGCCGGCGGCCGGCCACCGUGCGCGGUGGUUCCGGCGGUGGCUCCAGUGGGCUAUGGAGAUAAUUCAACUUCCAGAGGCUUCCUCAUAAAUUUUUAGAAUUUUUGAAACACAGAUAAACUUCAGGUGAUCGAGGUCAGCUAUUUUUCUGCAUCCAACAGCCACAAUAGUCAUCGGUGUACUGCCACAGGAGAAGUUAUUUUACAGAGCAACCUGUUUUCUUUCUCGCAGAUUUUCCCUCAUGGAAGGAAUAGCCCGAGUUCGAGCAUUCUCAUCUCCGGAAUUGGCACCUCCUUCUCCAACGAAAGCUGUACGCCCAGAAGAUUAUAGUUUAGAAGGCAUUGCAACAAAUGUGAAGCUGCUGCUAAAACUAAUUCAAGAGCAUAAUGGAGCGAGCACUAACGAUGACCGGAAAAUGCAAAGGAUUGCUGGAAUGAUCACCAUCCUAGAUGAUGUUAAAUCGCGAAUCGAAAAGUCUCAAUCUGCUAGGAAAAGAUUAGCUGAGCUCAGGAGGUGCAACACAGAACUUAGGCCUAGUCGAUCUCCUAGAGACAAGAAGCCUCAAGACCCGGUGACGACCGAUGAUAAUGAGAGGUUGAGAAAACAGCUCAAUGCAAGCUUGGCUUCAAGAAAGAGCCUGGAAAUUAUGUGUUCAAGCUUGGGAAAGGAAAAGGAAAUAAUGGCCUGUGAGCUUGCCAGAAAGGUUUAUGAGUUGAAUGAAAUGGAGGAACUUGUCAGUGACCUCAAGGCACAAAACGCUACAUUGUUAACAAAACUACAAUCUCAUGCCGCGGAGCAUAAGGAGAAGAAAAGCAGUGCAGGGGAUGCUCAAGGGAAUGCAGCUCUUCAGGAUCGUAACAAGGCACUUUCGGAGCAACUCCUCAAGUCCCUUGAUAGUUAUCGAUCUUUAAAGAGGAAAUACAAGGAUGCAAAAGAGAAGAACUCAGAAAUUAGGAAGACAAUGGAAGAAAUCAGGGUUGAAGUAAGUGCAGGUCUUGAACAGAUCCGUAGCUUCAGGCAAAGAAUGGCCUCAACCAAAGAUCAACAAGCAGAUAUAGAAGAGGAGAUUUCAGCGUUAGAGCAAAUGUUCGAGCGAUUUAACAUGAAAAUCUCUAAGCAUGAAGAGAAGAAUAUCGAAUGUGCUAAACCAAAAGCUGAGAUCAGUGCCACCAAGCCCCCUGUUCUCGCAUGAGAAGGAAAGGAUGACUGAAAUAAUAAGCUGUCUACUCUGGAAUUUUUCUGCUGCUUUUUGUUUUUAUAUUUUGUAUAAUUCAGAUCGAAGAUCAUACGUAUUGAUUGUUAAGAGGCAAGCAGUUGUAAUGCGCCAAAGUAGAAGUUAUUAGUCACGCGCGCAUUGUGAAUUUCAGUUCAAUUGACUAGUUGAGUUACAGUGUAUUGUCUCCAAAUAGUUUGCAUUAAUUCCAAAAUUUUUUUAUCUUUUC